CGUGAGGAUAUUUACAGUUCGGUUCACAUAGAGUCGAAAAGGAAUUCAUUGAGCUGACCUGAGGUCUGUUUCUUCAUCCUCAGGUGAGACAGGUGAGACAGGUGAGACAGCUCAACGCAGUCCAAAGCUGCACUUUUUCCACUCAGCCAUUUGCCACAUUUUGCCAGGGCUGAUUCUAAUUUAGGUAAACAGGAAGUGACCUCAUCCAGGGUAUGAAAACUGAAGCCAAUUCAAAAUAAAACUCAAAAUAAUCUAAUAAUAAUGAUAAUUACAAUAAUUAUUGCAAAGGUGCCAAAUGAGUCAGGAUUUUGUUUGAUAAACACACACGAGUGAGUGAGUCCAGCUCCAGCACAUUUUCAGGCCUCUCUCUUUAAAGCUCAGCGUAUGCUUGUCAGGUCUGGAUCGGUUUUCCCACGAGUCAGUCUGGGACCAGAUCCAGCCUUCAGAUCCCCAGUUAACCCAUCACUGGUUCUUUACUGGCUGAAAGAGGCUGGAGAGCUUCUCUCUCUCUGGCUCAUAUUUACGAUCUGUGCGACGUGACCUGAACACGGCACCCAUCAUUGCUGUGGUUGCCAUGGGAACAGCCCUGUGGGUUGUGUCACUGUGAGACUGAGGCAGCCAAUCAGAGCGCAGUCGACACUCCUGACCCCCCCAGCAGAGAAAAAGGAAACUUUGACUUCCACAGUAAACUGGUGGAGCCCCUCAGAUCCCAGUUCAGCAGUCACUAGUUGUACUGGGACGCUCCCAGCCUGGUGCGUGGUGGGAAGACCAGGAUUCUGGGAAAACAUUGUUGAUUAGACUCACAGACUCAUCCUUGAGCAGGACAAAUAAAACCUGAAGUGAGGAUAAGCUGCUGAACUCCUGCAGUCAGCAGGAAGGGAACGCUGGCCCAACUGGCUCCUCCUCACACCUGGGACAGGUAACACCAACUGAUCAGCAACUGUCAGUCAAAUCCACAAGUCACAGGGGAACGGCAGAACGAGCUUUUUUUAAAACGGUCAAAUUUUACACAAAGUUUGGUUUGAUUGAUCUGAUAUGUGAGUUCGGAGGAAAACUCUUCUGUUUAAUUUCAAUUAAAUGUUUCUUACUAGGAGAAAAAAAACAGAUUAAUGUUGAAUAUAAAAUAAAUAACAUUCAUUUACUUGUGAAACAAACAGCAUCGUGUAACUGUCAUCUACUGAUCUAUAUUGUGUAAAAUAGUUUAUUUUGAUUAUAGUAUUUUGCAUUUAAGAAGUGUUAAUUUCACUGAUUAUAUUUUAACAAUACAAAUGAUUUUAUCGACUUUAUUUGUUAAUCUUAACUCAACAGAAACGUUAAAGUCUAAAGAAAAAAAUUAGACAAACAAAAAAAUAAAUUCUACAACAAGCAUGUUUUAUUUGUGAGUAAAGAAGAAAAGAAGUAAAGAAGGUUGGAAAGUGAGACUGUAGGAAGGAGACCUCCAUGUGUCCUGGUCUGACUUCUGCCCCCCACCCCCACCCAGUAUGAAGCCCUACAGGAAGUGGCUACUGGCGGUCCUGCUGGCCUGGCUCCUUCUCUUUCUGUCCUUGCUUUAUCACUUCCUGGACCUCAGAUCCUCCUUGCUGCAUAGGUCCAGGUCUGCUGCAAAUUCUGGACUCACUGGGACCAAAAUCCGCUUCCUGGACUCUGUUCAGGUGGGUCCCACGGGACCUGCUGGGGUCUCAGAGAAGGACUGGAGGAGGAGGAGGAUUGACUUUAGAUCCAGAUCUCAGGACUACUACAGAUCCAGGUCCUUGGAGAUCCUGCAGAGACUCUGGACUGGGAACCUGACAGUGGGGAUGCUGAGUCCUCGUCUCCAGAAGGUCCUGAAAAUCCAGCUGACUUCCAACAAGCACCAGGUGGUCUACCAGAGGUCAAGGGGGUCCCGCAGAUCUGGUACGCAGCUGUACUGCGAGAUGAGGUGGAGGACCAGGAUCCGGACUGUGGAUGGGACUGAGAAGCCUUUCUCUGAUCUGGGCUGGGCCCGGCUGGUGCCUUCACUGCCCCUGCAGGAGCUCCAGACAUCUCAAUAUCAGAGCUGUGCUGUGGUCAUGUCAGCCGGAGCCAUGCUUAACUCAUCUCUGGGGAGGGAGAUCGAUUCCCAUGAUGCAGUUCUUCGUUUCAAUGCUGCCCCCACCAAAGGCUUCGAGAGAGAUGUGGGGACCAAGACCACCAUCCGCAUCAUCAACUCCCAGAUUGUGGCUCGGCCCAAACACGAGUUCAACAGCAGCUUGUUGUAUCAGGACGUCACUCUGUUGGUCUGGGAUCCGUCUCCGUACUCCUCCAACCUGACCCAGUGGUUCGAGAAGCCGGACUUCGAUCUGUUCUCGGCGUACAUCAGACGCCGUCGCCUCCGACCAGAGCAGCCGUUUUACAUCCUUCAUCCAGAGUUCAUCUGGAGUCUGUGGGACCUGAUCCAGGACAACACUGAGGACCAGAUCCAACCGAACCCACCCUCGUCAGGGUUCACAGGUAUCCUCCUGAUGAUGUCACUGUGCCGUGAGGUCAGCGUCUACGAGUUCAUCCCAUCUGUCCGUCGGACCGACCUGUGUCACUACUAUGAGCGUUAUCACGACGCCGCCUGCACGCUGGGGGCGUAUCACCCGCUGCUGUACGAGAAGCUGCUGAUCCAGAGGAUCAACCAGGGCCACCAAGACCAACUGAGGAGGAAGGGCAAAGUCACGCUGAGGGGGUUCAGCACGGUCCAGUGUGGGCCCUGACCCGGGCUCAGCAAUGUGGGUCCUGGUCUGAGUUCAGCAUACUGUGGGUCCUGGUCCAGGUUCAGCACACUGUGGGUCCUGGUCCAAGUUUAGCACCCUUUGAGUCCUGGUCUGGGUUUUACACACUAACAUACAAAACUUUAACAAAUUUCUGCAAUUGUCAUCACUUUGAUUUAAGUUUAGUUGUGAAAAUUCAUUUUUAUUUUAUCUAAAACAACAACAAAAUGUUUUUCCCUGACGUUUUGACCAACCAGAUCUCAGGAUUCACAUUUGGUGAAAACUCAGAAUGUCUUGAAGUAGAGAUUUGGUGAGCAUGUGACACCUUAUUUCCCCGUCAGAAUCAAUAAACGUCCGCCAGUCCUCUCACACUUGCUGUAUUUCUUUCAUGUCCGCUGAGUGGGACUGAAGGCUCGUCGAGUUCAUUAGCUUUCUUUAGCUUUUGUCCUCUGCUGCUCUGAGGAAUCUGCCCGACAUGUUCAAGGCAGUCAGCUGUGACAGAAACCCGCCACAGACAGAAGCUCAGCCUGGAUGAGACAGUUAAAGGGGCGGCCAGUGAGACGCUGCUGGACGUUUAAAACGACUCGAGGCCAAACUCGGUUCAUAAAAGUCUGAAAUUCUGUUCUGCAAAAAUGUGUUCAGUUAGAAUCAGCAACAGGAAAGCUUUUGU